ACUCAUUAAUGCUAAAGGGAAAUCUGAACAUAUAAUUGUUCUCUGUGGUCUAGGCUUUGCACGCCCAAAGAUGUUGCCAGUACUGGCCUCCGUUUGCUUCAGCUGUAUGAAUAAAUGGCUAAUUGUUUAUUUUAAAGAAACAGCUGUUUUUUCAGUUUUCAACGUUCCUUGAAUAAAGAAUAUGUAUUUGUUAUUGCAAUGUUAUACCAACGUAUCCGGUGAUAGCCUGACAACUAAAUACAAAGGUCGUCAUCACAUCGCCACUGAUGUGGUUAACCAUUGCCGGUAACGAUCCGUGGAUAACAGGCCUAUACUUUUUUAUUAUUUUAUAGAUGUUUAAAUAUUAAACUUGUAUGAUCUUCCGGUGUUCUUGUCCAACUCGUGAAAAAAUACCAGUGGCAGGUAAAUUAAAAGUUACAUUUAUUUGCUUCGGGUAAAACUUAAUGGCUAAUUCAAAACUCGCGUAAAAACUCUCAAAAUAGAGCAAUGACGCACCAAAGUUGCAGGCAUCCACGGAUCGUCGCGGGCAUAUCUCAUAUUUAUAGCCAUUAUACGGCCAGAGCUCCAGAAUAGAUAGCGGUGUGACCUUUUUUUUGGCAUCACUCCCUCUCACAGACUGAAGCAGAAUGUUUGCUAUUAGGACAAGCCACGUCCUGUGUUUUAUCUUCUCCUGCAGCCAGAGUUUGGCGUCCUUAGGUAAUUUCUGGCACAUCACCGACCUGCACUGGGACCCAACCUACAAGGUGACUGACAACCCAGAGCAGGUGUGCGCAUCGAACGGCGCGCGGCCCGUACCCAACGCUGGGAAGUUUGGGGAUUACCUCUGCGACUCGCCAUGGGACCUCAUCAACUCGUCCAUAUAUGCCAUGAAAGACAUUCUGCCAGACCCGGACUUCAUCGUUUGGACCGGUGAUGACACGCCUCACGUGCCUAACGAGCAGCUAAGCGAAGAGGAGGUGCUCUCCAUCAUCGGAAACCUCACCCACAUCAUAAAGCUCGUGUUUCCAGGUACCAAAGUGUACUCUGCGUUGGGUAACCAUGACUACCACCCUAAGAGCCAGCUUCCCCCGGAACAGAACAACAUCUAUGCGCGGACAGCCCAGCUGUGGCAGGACUGGCUGGAGCCAGAAUCACGACUCACCUUUAGGACAGGGGGUUACUACACGGAGGAACUCCUGAACCGAACGGGCUACAGGGUUCUGGUCCUCAACACCAACCUCUACUACGACCAGAACAAACUGACAGAGAGCGUGGAGGAUCCGGCGGGACAGUUCAGCUGGGCCAAUCAAAUACUAACCUCUGCAGCCAGGAACAACGAGAAGGUGUACAUCGUGGGCCACGUCCCGCCGGGCUUCUUUGAGAAGAAGAGGAACAAGCCGUGGUUCCGGUCCAACUUCAACCGGCGGUACCUGGAGCUGAUCCAGCGGCACCACGGCGUCAUCGCUGGCCAGUUCUUCGGCCACCACCACACCGACUCCUUCCGCAUGUUCUACAGCUCCAACGGGUCCCCCACCAGUGUGAUGUUCCUGACCCCAGGGGUCACCCCUUGGAAGACUACGCUACCUGGUGUCACCGAUGGGGCCAACAACCCCGGAAUUCGGGUCUUCGAGUAUGACACCUCCACGCUCCUUGUCCAGGACAUGGUGACGUACUACCUGAACCUGACGCGGGCGAACGCGGCCCGGGGGCGCUGGGAGAAGGAGUACCGCCUGAGCGAGGCCUUCCAGGUGCCCGACGCCUCGCCGUCCUCCAUGCACCGCGUGCUGGGCCGCGUGGCGGCCGACCGCUGCCACCUGCAGCGCUACUACGACUACAACUCGGUCAGCUACGACCUGUCCGCCUGCGACGCCGCCUGCCGGGCCGACCACGUCUGCGCCAUCCGCGAGGUCGACUUCGACAGGUACGAGCGCUGCCUGGAGAGGGAGGGGGCGGCGGCCCUGAGCCACGCCCCGAUGACGCCUCUCCUCCUAUUGGCGGCCUUCAGCCUGCUCCUGGCCUCCUACUGACCCCGCCUCCCCCGCCUCCCCCCUUGAGAUCGGUGAUCUCAAACUUCAGUCCUGGAAGGGGCCACAGUGUCUGCUGGCGUUUUUUUUUUUUUUUUUUUUAAUUUAGGCUCUUAUGUGGUUAUUUAAGUCACUCGUUUACACGGUUAUUUUA